AUGGAGAUCCCAGUAUUUACCGUCGAUUCAUUCACUAAUCUGGCAUUCAAAGGAAAUCCAGCUGCUGUAUGUCCACUUCUGCAUGAGCUGAAUGAUGAUUUAUAUCAGAAAAUAGCAGCAGAGAUGAACCUGUCAGAAACUGCCUUCAUCACAAGGAUCAACUCUUCUGAUACUUUCAGGACCGGAUCUAGGUUUCGCCUCCGAUGGUUUACGCCAGCAACCGAAGUGAAUCUGUGCGGUCACGCCACUCUGGCCUCGGCGGCAGUGCUGUUCCGCUUUCAGGUCAACGCCAUGUACUCCGUUUAUGCUUACUCAGAGAACAUAAAUCCAACUCUGGUGUUUGAGACGAGGAGCGGAGAUCUGACGGUUACCCAGAAGAGCGACGGAUAUGUAAUGGACUUUCCUCUCAAUCCACCCGCUCACGAGGAUCCCAAUGACUUCAGAGACAUUAUCAAGGUGGCAGUAGGAGACCACCCAGUUCAGGAUGUCUUGUUAAACUCUGACACCAAGAAGCUGAUGAUUCGACUGCCGGACAGCUGUGACAGGGCAGUGCUUUCCAAGCUCAAAGUUGACCCUUACGCGUUGCUGAACAGUGAGACAAGUGGACGAGUCAAAGGACUAAUCAUCACCAUUAAAGGGUCACCAGACUGUCAGCCAGGAUAUGAUUUCUACUCUAGAUACUUUGCUCCAUGGGCUGGGAUCCCAGAAGAUCCUGUUACAGGAUCCUCUCACACCGUCCUCGGUAGUUACUGGUCUCAAAAACUAGGAAAAAAGAAAAUGCUGGCGUACCAGUGCUCCAGCAGAGGAGGGGAGCUGGAGCUGGAAGUGAGAGAUGAUGGGAGAAUCAACAUAGCUGGCGAGGUCACCUCUGUAAUGCAGGGAGUAAUCAGACUAUAG